GGCAAAGUAGCUUACGAGGCAAUUCAGAAUAUGAAAUAUUUAGACAAUGUUAUUUCUGAAGCACUUCGUCAACUUACUAUUAACUGUUAUAUAUUUUUUCAGGGCAAAGUAACUUACGAAGCAAUUCAGAAUAUGAAAUAUUUAGACAAUGUUAUUUCUGAAGCACUUCGAUUGCAUCCACCUGUUGUAAGGUUGGACAGAAUAUCUGUAGUAGAUUACAAGUUAAAAGGCACGGAAAUCACCAUUCCUAAAGGAACGACUGUUACCACUCCAGUAUAUGCUAUGCACAGGGAUCCAGAAUUUUUUCCUGAUCCUGAAACCUUCAAUCCAGAUAGAUUCAGUCCAGAAAAUAAAGAUAAAAUUAUUCCGUACUCCUAUUUACCAUUUGGUUCCGGACCUAGAAACUGUAUUGGAAUGCGAUUCGCUCUUUUGGAAACCAAAAUAUGCCUUACCUAUGUCCUAAGUACUUUCCAAGUACUAACUGGUCCAGAAACAAAGGUAUUCCUUAACGUCUAUUUUUAAAUACAAGUAUAGUGG